GCGCGAGAGUGAGAGAGGGCUUAGCUAGUCGUGCACGUGGUCAAUUCGCCUGGUAACCGGCUGAUCGCAUCGCCGUUUGCAAUGCGAAUCGCAGUCUUUAUAUUCGCAAUAGCUGCUACAGUUGUCUUUCCAACAUCUUAAAUAGAUUUCGAUGCGGCCCUCCUCGAAUUCUCCUCCACGCCCGAGAUACCAAACCGAAGCUAGUGCAAAACCAACACAACGUUUGUGAUAUGAUAGGAGUCGCGGUAUUUAAUAAUUUAAGGAUAAUAACCAUUUCGCAUCAAUCGAUUUGUGAUAGUAAUUAUAAUACAAGAAUAAAAUGGAAAGUUGGAUGCAAGAUGUGGUGUCCAUGAUGUCCGGCGGCGAAGUUGUCUCGAGCGAUGUAUCUCAAAUAAAAAAGGAAUUUGAUGGAUUCGUAGACUGCUCCCCGUCAAACAGUGAUAUGUAUUCGCCCACAACAACCGUCGUGACCGAUACAAAACCAGAUUUUACAGAAGGAAACCACUACGAUGGUGAAAUCCGAUCUCCAAGUAGUCCAGAACGACAGUAUUGUUCAUCAACCACACAACCUCUCAAUGACUCAGGGAUUAAUAAUACAGAAGACGAAAUGAAGGAGGUGGAUUCUCCUCGAAGGUUGUGUCUAGUGUGUGGGGAUGUUGCAUCAGGUUUCCAUUAUGGUGUCGCAUCGUGCGAAGCGUGCAAAGCAUUUUUCAAAAGGACAAUUCAAGGUAACAUUGAAUACACGUGUCCAGCAACUGGCGAAUGUGAGAUCAACAAGAGGAGGCGGAAAGCCUGCCAGGCAUGUAGGUUUAGAAAAUGUUUGAGAUCUGGAAUGCUGAAAGAAGGCGUCCGCCUGGACAGGGUCAGGGGCGGACGGCAAAAGUACAGAAGGAAUCCUGACAGUCCAUAUCAAAUACAAGUGAUUUCUGCCCAAAGGCAAAUUUCUUUAGAAGAUAUAAAGAUGUUGGAGGCGUUAGGUGCGUGCGAGCCGGAUAUACUGGAUAUAAAUACGGCUCUGGAAAAUAGCAAGCAUCGAUCGCUUUCCAUCCUCAGCGAUCUGUACGACAGGGAGCUAGUGGGAAUCAUCGGCUGGGCGAAGCAGAUACCCGGUUUCACAGAUCUGGCAUUGAAUGAUCAGAUGCGGCUGCUUCAAAGCACCUGGGCCGAAAUCCUCACCUUGACCUUAGCAUAUCGAAGUUUACCUCUUCUCGGACUGGGUCGCCUGAAGUUUGCCUCCGAUUUUACGAUGGACGAGAAGCAGUCUAAGGAGUGCGGCGCCUACGAACUAUAUCAAACUUGCUGCCACGCGGUGGAAAGGAUAGAUAACUUAGGAAUUUUAAAAGAAGAAUACUACCUCUUGAAAGCUUUAGUAUUGGCGAAUUCGGACGUGCGAUUGGAGGAGUACCAAUCUCUCUCCAGGUUCAGGGACACAAUUCUGUCGGGUCUUGCAGAUACGAUCGGAAUACUCAGACCAAUGGCGGCAUUCAACCAAUUGCAACAGCUUCUUCUAUGCAUGCCAGCUUUGCGGCAGGCUGAUCAGGUGGUGAGGAGGUUCUGGUCCAACAUACACGAACACAAUUUGGUGCCGAUGAACAAGCUGUUCCUGGAGAUGCUUGAGGGUUUCGGUCGGUAGCCUACCGCUUCCUAAAGGAGGAACGUGUCCGACAUCACCGAAUAUUUUAAGUUAUUUUCUUCUUUGCGGAUCGCUGCAAUACUGCCUUAAUUAAAGCAGUAUUAAAUAGCAGGCGAUGCGAAAAAUCGAGAAUUAAAAUGUAAAUUUAAAGAGAAUUUAAUUGAAGAUAUUUCAUACUAAUAGGGCCUCACAUGCGGUUGUAGAGUUUUACAAGUUUAUCAUUGCUACUAACCAAAAUACUAUUGAGUGUACGACACACGAGCAAAGGAUUGUAUAUUUCAAUGUGGAGCAGUAUUCGUAUGAAUGUUUCUUUUUUGUUGAAUGCUAACAUUUUAUUUUGUAGAAUUCCCAGUGAUAGAUAGAAUGUAAGUUUCCACUUUAUUUUAUAUAACACCAUUUAGAUAUAUGUAUAUAUCGACAGGUUAGAAUUU